AUGGAGGGCCUCUUUUUCAACGCCAACAAUGGCUAUGUCGAGGGUGUUGUUCGAGGUUAUCGCAACAGCCUUCUCACAGGCCCAGCCUACGCUAACCUGACGCAGUGUGAGACGAUUGAUGACCUCAAGCUCCAACUCGGGCCGGCCUACGGCGACUUCCUAGCAUCUCUGCCGCCGAACCCUUCGACGUCGAGCCUCGCAUCAAAGACGACGGACAAGCUCAUCUCCGAGUUCCGCUACGUGCGCUCCAAUGCGGUGGGGUCCCUGGCGACCUUCAUGGACUACGUGACGUACGGGUACAUGAUUGACAACGUGGCCCUGCUGAUCACGGGGACGCUGCACGAGAGGGAUACGCGUGAACUGCUGGACCGGUGCCACCCGCUCGGGUGGUUCGAGACGAUGCCGGUGCUGUGCGUGGCGACCAACAUCGAGGAGCUGUACAACAGUGUCCUGAUCGAGACGCCGCUGGCGGCCUACUUCAAGGGCAGCCUGAGCCACGAGGACCUGGACGAGCUCAACAUUGAGAUUGUGCGCAACACGCUGUACAAGAACUAUCUCGAGGACUUCUACAACUUUGUCAACACGCACGCCGACAUGGCCGGCACGCCCACGGCCGAGGUCAUGUCGGAGAUGCUCGAGUUCGAGGCCGACCGCCGCUCCAUCAACAUCACCCUCAACUCCUUCGGCACCGAGCUCUCCAAGGCCGACCGCAAGAAGCUCUACCCCAGCUUCGGCAAGCUCUACCCCGAGGGCACCCUCAUGCUGUCCCGCGCCGACGACGCCGACGGCGUCCGGCUGGCCGUCGACGGCGUCCACGACUACAAGACCUUCUUCGAUGCCAUGGCCAUCGGCGGCGGCGGCGGUGCCUCGGGCGGAGGUAACAUGGGCGGCGGCUCCACCGAGGGCAAGACCCUCGAGGACCUCUUCUACCAGAAGGAGAUGGAGAUUUCAAAGAAUGCCUUUACCCAGCAGUUCUCAUACGCCAUCAUCUACGCAUGGGUCAAGCUGAGGGAGCAGGAAACACGGAACAUUACAUGGAUUGCCGAGUGCAUAGCCCAAAACCAGAAGGACCGCAUCGACAACUACAUUAGCGUCUUCUGA